AUGUCUUCUACGUUUUUUGAUGAAAUGACCAAAUCGUUCGCUGAUGUAAAGGUCAGCGACGGUAAGAUUGAUACUGCUGACUUUUUACUAGCAUCCGAGUCGUUGGUUAAGUUGUUUGACCUCUUGGGGUCGUCUGCAUUUACUGUGGUCAAGUCAGAUAUGACGGGUAAUAUUACCAAGAUACGUAAUAAGCUAUUGGAGGACCCAGCCAACUCGUCUACCUUGCAGGACUUGGUGCUUACUGAAGCCAAAACCAAGACAAAGACGGCUACCCAAGGCUUAUUAUGGUUAUCUCGUGGGUUACAAUUUACAGCUCAAGCUAUGAGAGAGACUGUUGAUGCUCCAAGCAAGGAAUUGACAGUUACAUUCACUGACGCUUACACCAAGACAUUAUCCAAGUUCCACGGGAUUUUGGUCAAGCCAGUUUUCAAGUUGGCCAUGAAAGCUUGUCCAUAUAGAAAAGAUUUUUUCGAAAAGUUGGGUGCGGAUCAAACUAAGGUCGCUGAGCAAUUACAAAAGUGGUUAGAGGCAUUAGAAGGUAUUGUCAAGAUUAUCAUGGACUUUUUCGCAUCAGGUAACUAUGGUAAAGGUUUAUAA